AUGUUGGCUGCAAAGAAGACAAAAAAGUCACUGGAGUCGAUCAACUCUAAGCUCCAACUUGUUAUGAAAACUGGAAAAUACGUUCUGGGGUACAAGCAGACUCUGAAGAUGAUCAGGCAAGGCAGAGCAAAACUGGUCAUCUUCACCAACAACUGCUUGGCCUUGAGGAAACCUGAAAUAGAGUACUGUGCCAUGUUGGUCAAAACUGGUGUCCAUCAUUACAGUGGCAAUAAUAUUGAAUUGGGCCCAGUGUGUGGAAAAUACUACAAAGUAUGCACUCUGGCUAUCAUUGAUCCAGGUGAUUCUGAUAUCAUUAAAAGCAUGCCAGAACAGACUGGUGAAAAAUAAAUCAUGUAAUUUUUUUCUUUAAUAAA